AUGGCACCUCCUCAACAAACCUCAGCGUCCCAGACACCUCUCAUAUCGCCCGCUGAGCUCUCAUAUCUCUAUACCUCGCUUUCACUGCCCGAAGGGCCAAUCCGACCGGACGGGCGGUCUCCCACCCAAUUUCGCCCUCUAACCGCUGAGACUAGUAUCGUACCUGGUGCAAAUGGCAGCGCGCGUAUCGGCUUUGCUGACGGCACGGAAGCAAUUGUUGGCGUGAAAGCGGAGAUUGAACGAACGCUAGCUACGGAUGCGCUCGAUCUGCGGCAGUUACAAGAGCUAGAGCAACAAUAUGAUGGUGGUGGGGGUGAAGAUAGUGGUGCUGGGGAAGGAUCGACAGCUGGGGUUAUUGGUGGCCAGAGCUCGUGGGUGCAGAUGUCAAUCGAGAUCCCUGGAUUUAGAGACGACGAUGCUUUACCUGUGUUUCUGUCGGAAAUGAUGAGAGAGUCGCUUGUUGGGGCAUCAGUAGCUGGUACCGCGAAUGAUGGGGAGAAUAACAACAAAUUGGUUGGUGGUUUGAAAGGAAGACUGGUGAUUAAUCGUCGAUGGCAUUGGAGGUUGUAUAUUGAUAUACUUCUCUUAUCACCACCACAAUCCUAUCCUCUGCCCUUAUUAUCGCUAACAACACAUCUGGCUCUGCUAUCGACACGACUACCAAAACUAAAAUCUCAAGGCGAAGAAGACCCUUUUUUUGAAGAUGACUGGAAUCUCGCUGAAUACCUUUAUCCACGCGGGGAGCAUAAUAAUCUACGAAACCAGGCCCGUCCGCCCGUCACACUACUUGUGAUAUCGGCAGACAAGAAUGUGAUAUUCGAUCCGACACGAGAAGAAAUUGCCGUUGCCGAUUUCGUGCUUGCUGUUUCUAUUGGUCGUGAAAUUGACGAGACGGCCGGAGGCGGUACAAAUGCAAACCUGAAACUGCUUUCGAUCCGCACCAUCGACCCUCCAUCGCGGUUGACUCAACACGGUAUUCCAGAUUCUGAAAAUGCAGCUACAAUGGGUGUUGCUACGACAGACAUUCCGGAAAGAACAGACGAGGAGGUCGCCGGGGUAUGGAAACCUCGAAGAGGUGGCGUGUCGAGGGGUGUGAUAUCCCACAUGAUUAAAGUGGUGUUGGAGAGGGGGGGUGUUGGGGACGAGGUUAUGGAAGGAUUGGAAAGAGUUGACGUUACCUAG